UCCUCCUACUCUGGCACUAUAUCGGUUUCAAUCAGACCCAGACCAUUAAGCAUACCUCAUCCCAGUGGUUUAUCCAACAACAACUUGUCUCCAUCGAAAUCAAAAUCCCUAUGGAACAUCAACGAUAAUUCCAACACUAUAUCAACGCCCGAAUUUGGCUUGUUUUCUUUUGAUAACGUUUUCAACUCAAACAUAUCAAACUCCUUCAUAUACUUGAAAAUCGUUAAAAACUUGGUAGCCAACUUGAUCAAUGGCUUCAACGCAACAGUUUUCGCCUAUGGUAUGACUGGCUCAGGCAAAACUUAUUCAAUGCAAGGAAACAACAACGAUCCUGGUCUAAUUCCCCUAGCAAUCAAUGAAAUCUUUAGUUACAUAAACAACAUCAACAACAACAACGAUGUCUCAUCCAAUAGCAACCAAAACACAACCAACAACUCAUUCACAAUACAAGUGUCCUAUUUAGAGAUUUAUAACGAAAAACUAAUCGACCUAUUGCUGCCUCAAACCCAGAUAUCCAUCCCACAAUUUAAUGGCAGUAACGACUCAAUUGAUCUAAAAAUUAGAGAUGAUCCAAUUUACGGAAUAAAAGUCAUAGGUUUAACUGAAGAAAUUGUCACUUCUUCCUCCCAGCUAUUAAAUUUGAUUAAAAAAGGCGACACCUUUAGAAAAACUGCUUCAACAAAUUUCAACCAAAGAUCUUCAAGGUCCCACGCUAUUAUUCUAAUAAGAUUAAUCAAUAAAAAUAACUCAACAAAAAAAUCAACCAUAUCAACCUUGUCUCUAUGUGAUCUAGCAGGUUCAGAAAGAGCUACCUCUCAAUCUGAAAGAAGGAAAGAAGGCUCUUUCAUCAAUAAAUCUCUAUUAGCUUUAUCAUCUGUCAUAUCAAAACUAUCUUCUCCAAACUCUUCUUUAAAUCAUAUCAACUAUAGAGACUCGAAAUUAACAAGGCUAUUACAACCAGCAUUAUCGGGUAAUGCAAUUGUAUCAAUCCUUUGUACAAUUCAUUUAUCAAUGGAAAAUUUCAACGAAACUAUCAACACUUUAAGAUUUGCAGCCAGAGCCAAAAAUAUAACACUUAAUGUCACAAAACACGAUGGUGCUAAUACUAAUGGCAACUUUAAUAGUAAUGAUUCUCAAAUCAAUAAAGAUUUGCAAAAAAAUUACGAAGAUUUAAAAGACGAAUACAGUCUACUUGAAUCAGAAAAUAGAAUACUCAAUGAAAGAUUAGAACAUCUAUCAAGAUUAAACGAUUCCAAAAGAAUAGAGCAAACCAUGAUUAAAUCAGAAAUUACAAACAGUUUAUCACACUCAAAUUUAUCCAAAAUCAAUCAAAAUCUAAUUAAAAAUAUCGAAGAUUUAUUCAAAAGACAAGACUCGGAAAUUGAAGAAAAUAACAGCUAUAUAUCUCAUUUGGAAAACCAAUUAAAGAAAAUGGAAUAUGAAAACAGCAUAAAUAACAAUGGGAAUUACAACAAUAAUUACAACAACUAUAACAAUAACAAUAACAAUAAAGAAUUGGAAGAACUUAUCCAGGAACAACAAGAUACUAUCAUGGAUUUAAGAGAGACAAUCAAAAAUAAAGACCGUAUAAUCAAAGCAUUGAGAACUUCUACAAGAGUUAGAGAUAGCAUUUUA